ACCCCAUGCAACCUCCUAUAUAAGCAGCUAACACAGUGAGUCGUCGUACCUCAGAAAGCCUCUCUCAUUCUGUUGUAUUUCUUGUUGCUUUAGUAUUUUCUAAGUAUGGGGAUGUUGAAAUCGUCACUCGCUUUCCUUGUUCUUGUUUUUGCUUUCUUCUUUUGUUACGUUAUGAGCAGCGGAUCUUAUGACUAUUUUCAAUUUGUGCAACAAUGGCCACCGACUAACUGCAGAGUUCGCGUCAAGCGACCUUGCUCCAAUCCCCGGCCAUUACAAUAUUUCACCAUCCAUGGCCUAUGGCCAAGCAAUUAUUCAAACCCAAAGAUGCCCAGUAAUUGCACAGGGUCGCAAUUUAAGAAACAGAAUUUGUACCCUUAUAUGCAAUCCAAACUGAAGAUAUCUUGGCCGGACGUGGAAAGUGGGAAUGAUACAAAAUUUUGGGAAGGCGAAUGGAAUAAACAUGGUACAUGUUCCGAACGAACACUUAACCUAAUGCAAUACUUCCAGCGAUCCCACGCAAUGUGGAAAUCACACAAUAUUACAGAGAUCCUUAAAAACGCUUCAAUCGUACCACAUCCGACAAAAACAUGGAAGUACUCGGACAUAGAAUCACCCAUUAAAAGAGCAACUAAAAGAACACCCGUCCUUCGUUGCAAACGUGAUCCAGUACAGGCGAAUACUCAGUUGUUACAUGAAGUGGUAUUUUGUUAUGAAUAUGAUGCGCUAAAGCUGAUUGACUGUAAUCGAACAGAUUGCUGGAAUAACGUUGACAUUAAGUUUCAAUGAAUUAUAGCUAGCUUAUUCCUAAGUCUAGUAAUGUAGUAUGAUAAUAAAAACAAAAUGAAUGAUUACGCUUACAAUUUGGGAAA